CAAGGUCAUAGCUGUCAUGUGCUAAGAUAUUGCUCCGUUACUUCUGUUUGGGUUUUUUAUUUUUUUGGGCUGGUGACUUUUCUUUCUGAUCUGUAGAACCUGUAUAGAGGGGUUAAACAUGAAAGGAAAUGUGUGACCAUACACAUGCUCAGAGUUGUCAGAUGGUAUUCACAAAUGUCAUUAUUCCCGAGCGAAUCAAGGAAACAACUUAUGAGGGACAAUGUUAUUUCGAUGGGGAAGCAUACAGAGACGGGAUGGAUUAUCGAUACAGCAGAUUUCCCCACCGUUAAACCCGCUCUCGCUCCAACGACACAGUUGUCUCUGACGAUCACUUACAUAUCCCUGUACGGAUUUCUGUUUUUCUUCGUGCUAUGUCAGCUGUGGAUGAUAUGGUACUACAGACAUAAACGGUUCAGUUACCAGACAUGCUUCCUGUUCACCUGUCUGCUGUGGUCGGGAUUGAGAACGACUCUGUUUUCGUUUUAUUUUAAUAAUUGCAUUCUGGCAAACAAACUGCCCAUGUUUUUAAACUGGUUGUUUUAUUCCUUCCCGGUGUGUUUGCAGUUUAUUACUUUGUGUCUGCUUGUUCUUUUUUUUGGUCAGGUUGUAUUUAAGGCAAGAGCGAAAUAUGAGCCAAGUCGUUAUAAGAUUCCAUUCCGUUUGACAAUGGCUGUUGUUGUGCUGAUUUUCGUAGCCACCAAUGUGACGAGUGCUGUGCUGAUCAAUCACCAACAGCAGUACCAUCACUCCCUCCCUCUAUACAUCCUUGUUAUUCGUGUCAGCAUUAAUGGCGCGCUCUUCCUGUUGGCAGCCAUUGUUUUGUCUGUUUGUAUCUACAAAAUGAGGACCAUGUCCUCAUCUAAUGUGAUAUUAGAAGCCAAGGGAACAACUUUAUGUCAGUCACUGACUCUCUCCAUUUUAAUCAUUUUGUUGUAUGCCUCUCGUGCUAUAUACAACAUUCUAGCUGUGCUUUUAUUCAACAAAAUUCCAAGUUUUGGGUAUGGUUGGACCAAUGUGACAUCACAGGCAGACUUGGUCGAUUUGGACAGAGGAUAUGCUUUCAUCUCUUUUGGAGUCAUCCUUUUUGUCUGGGAAUUUCUUCCAACCUUUGUGAUAGUCGUGUAUUUUCGUGUCAAAAGACCGCAAACAAGUUUAGACCUGGUGGACUUGUCUAGUCGCAGCCAAAACAGCAGACAGUACUUCUUCGACAACCCACGUCGCUAUGACAGUGAGGAUGACCUCAGCAGAAAUGAUUUGACAAGAAGUAUCAACUCUUACCAUCCUAAUGGAGGUGCAGGUACACCCACCAGAAGCACCCCACGAGGGACCCCAAGGUUAUAUGGAUCUAUGCAUAGUGCUGCAGGCAGCUACUCCAACAAGUUAGGGGGAUUUGGAACUUCUCCAGUGACUACCAUCAAUGACUAAAAAGCAUGAAAAUAAUUUUCAUCUGUUUAACAUUAGAAAUGUGAAAAUAUUCUUGAUUUUGACUCGCAUUUUAUUUUAUAUAAAUCUCCACGAAAUCAGCUAAUACUUAUACUACUGAUGACAGGCAAUUUUCAGGAUUAAUGUAAUAGAUUGAAAGAAACAGUUUAGAAUUAAGUUACUAAUUUUGUCUGUAGACAUUAGUGAGUAAGAACACAAUAAUAUUCCUACUAUACCUUUUGAGACCUGGUCCUAGUACCUAUUGUCUGCCUUUUAAAAAUGUGAUAAAUCUUGUAUUGUAUGUCAUGUAUUUGAAUGUAAAUAAUUUAUGAUUCCACAGAA